AUGGCGGCGCCCAAGGCGUCCCUGCACCUGGUGGCCCCAGUAUGGAAUGGGGGUACCAGGGGCAUCGGUGGCCUGAGCAGGGUGGUGGCCCCCGAGGGCAAUCAGAAGAAGGGGAGGUCGCUGCUCCAGUUCCUGGCUGACCGCUUCUAUGACGUGGAGGCUCUCAGGGACCACCUGCUCCAAAAGCGGGUGUCGCAGGUGCACCAGAAAAAUCGACCCUUCAACCACAUCAACCAGCGAUACGGUCCCUACGUCGCGGGUGCCUAUUUCAUCCUGAAGCAGGGAGGCGCGGUCAGCCCCUACUGGCUCUAG